GGAGAAUCAUGAAAAGCAGCCAGAAACCGGUAGCGUCGGCGCUACUGCUGAUAAUCCAUUUGUUGACAUUACAAAUCGAUGAUGCGGUCGCGAAACGCGACGCUUCAAACGCGGGUAGCGAUUCGAAAAUUAUUCUCGAGGAAGUGAUCAUCACCGGAAUUAACGGCAACAACACUCGCGUGACCGCGAGUGCGGUGGCGGAGGAUCCGUCGAAGAUCGGCGAGGAAGUACUCGCGUUUCUGUCCAAGGAUCAGACACGCAGGAGACGCUCGAAACAGGCGUCGAACCUUGAUCAGAACGCGGCGUCGUCGAUCGUUGAUGAGGUCACUGAGGACGAUCUGGAGAGGCUGAAGCGAGUGAUCGCAAAAUACGAGCCACAGAGGAUCACGUCGAGAAAAGCCAAAAGGAAAAUCGUCAACCUGCAGAACGCCGAUGCGCGCGACAAGAUCGCGGAGCCAGCGACGGAUCUCGACGCGACUUAUCACGAGGUGCUGCGAAACAUAUCUCGGCAAGCGUCUGCAUUGACGACGAGGAAUGCCGAUGUGACAUCAAAUCCUUAUUUGACCCAGAUAACGAAGAAUCUUAAGCCUAUUUACGUUGCGGAGACGACGAUUAAUUCAGUAAACAACAAUGACACGCAGAAAUCACGUUCCGAUGUUGAUUUUUCUGGCGCGCCGUUUUCUGUAAAAAAUAAGAAGAUGAAAUUAUUUAAGAAGUAUUUACAACUGAAUCGCACAGUCACGAGCCCGUCAUCAAAACUCGACGAAGAAACCGUUGACGAAUCGAUCACCACACCGCGAGGAUAUGUCGAUGGGAAAUACAACGAGAAGACGAAGAACGAAUCGUUCGAAUGGUCAUCAAAUAUUCAUUCCAGCGCGACGGAAAAGCCGGAUCGUCGCAAAUGGAACGUACAAGAGUCGUCUACUCGGGUCGCACCUCCAUUUACUUUGCGUUUGAAUAACAGUAACACUUACGACGUUUUCAACUUGAGUAACUUGAACAUUCCGAGCAUAGUCAAACCUCUUCGUUUGACCUCUUCGUCGAGUUACACUCUCGCGCCACGUCCGUUUUCCGUCGUGCAGCCGCCUACGACCUUGCCUGUCGUCGCUAAUCUCGAGGCGACGACGUACAAGAAACCGAGCCACUCGCCGGCAAUCGCCGGUUUGAAUCAUCAAAAAAUCGCUCCUUCUUCCGCGAACGUUCUUCCGCUGAUCCUCCCGACGGAUCUUUUUGCGCCGUCUCCGGCGCGUCACUACGUGCCGACAAAGCGCGCGAAGCACGGGAUUCUCGAUGGAAACUCAGCAACGAUUGUCGCUACCACCGAGACAAGUCCGGCAGCGAAUCCCGCGAGUGGAAAAAUCGCUUUUGCUGAUUACGUGGACGCAAUCAGCACCACGAAGAAUCCUCGGAUUAACGCGCAGCUAAAUUCCGCCUCGUUGAAUUUUUACAGCGUCACGGAGAAACCCGCGACUACAGUUUUAAUUCCCAGCCCAGCGUCGUACGAACUUCAGCCGAAAAUUGCCGCUUCCUACAACAUUCCCAGUGAUGACAAAUCGAACUUAAACGCAAACCUCGAACUUUCGUUGUACAAUCAAUUUGCUAACUUAUAUAAUGUACCGAAAGUGAUUGCGCAGGAUUAUCAAAAUUUGAAGCAACCACUGCAGCAGCCUGUGAUAAUUUCACAGCAAGUCUCGACCGUUCCUUACGCAACUUUGAGUCCUUUUUCUCCAACGUUGCCGAAAGUUCAACCGAUCGUUCCCACUAAGUCUCCGCUCGCGCCGUAUUACGACAGCAGGUUGCUCGUUUCGCAAAACGCGAAAGGUGGAAAAGAGCUCGACGGUGACAAGAAAGAAAACGUCGAUUCGAGCGAUCAGUCUCGUGCCGAUGACGCCAGUAAUGCCGACGAAGAAGAAGAAGAAGAAGAAGAAGAAACCACUUCGGACGAAAAGAACCGCGGAAAUUACAAAAUUCCGAUCAAUAAUGACGCUUACAAAAUAAUUCACGAAACGCCGAGCGCACCGCAACGCGAGAAAAACGAUCGCGAGGAGGAAACAAAAGAAGAUCGUCAUCAGGAAGAGAGACGUGUUUAUGAACCGGAUAAAACUGAUAAAGAGGACAAAAACGACAGCGGAUAUGAGAGAUACGAAAACAGCAAGGACCGAACUGAUGAGGACGAGUAUGUCGAUACCAAAGAACGCAACGAACCUAACGAUCGUCAUCGUCAAUACGGUCGAGACGGAGAUUCCGGGGAAAAGAAACGAGACAGUCAACGCGACAAGUACGAUUACGACAUUGACUUCGGACGUUUUGAUUCACGGUACAAUGACGACAAUGAGCAAGACAAGGAGUACAGCACGCGCUACGAUCAGAAGAAAUCGGCGGGCACCGGUCGACGCAAAAAGAAUCGAAAAAAUCGCGAACGCGAAGACGACGACGAGGACAAAUUUAACGAUCGACGUUUUAAAGAUCGCGAACAGAACGAAAAGUACAAAAAGAAACGGAAGUACGUUCCGCGAAAGGAUGACGAGGAGUACAGCGAGACCAAUCCCAAGCAUGUUCGCGAAGAACAUCACCACGUUAGUCCACAAGGCAAGGAUAAUAACAACGAGAAGGUGAGCGAUCACGUGCACGGUGAAUCCAAGGAACACGCGCACAAACACAAAGAUCAUCAUAAGGAAGAUCACAAAUUCGAAGAAGGCAAAGGUGCCGAGCACGAGGAAGAGCAUCACGGGCAUCACGGGGAAAAAGGGGACAAGGGCUAUAAAGUCUGGCACGAGCACGAGAAGGCCGAAAAGGGACAUCACGACAAAGAACACGCCACUAACGAGUACGAUGAAAAGGACGGCGAGGAGAAGAAGCACGAGGAAGAAGGCGGAUAUCACGAGAAGCAUCAUCACGACGAGGAGGGUAAGAAAACGGCGGAAUUCGGCGAGAAGGGUGAGCACAAGAAAGGCCACAGCACGCACGGCGAACACUCGGUGCACAAAAAGGACGAGUACGAGAAGAAGACCGAGUUCUUCGACGAGUUCCACGAGGACGGCGAAACCGAGAAGCACGGCGGGCAUCACCACGAGCACAAAUCGGAAAAGGGCGGCCACGAGAAGAAGGGCCAUCACGACGAAGCGGACGAGGACAAGAAGUACGGCGAGGAGUCCAAGUACGAGAAGGGCGGACAUCAUCACGAACACAAGGGCCACAAGGUCGACGAAGGGCACGAUCAUCAUCACGAUCAUCACGAGAAUCACGGCAAGAAGGAGGGGCACGAGCACGGGAAGAAGUGGAGCUACAAGAAGGGCGACAACGGCGGAGACGGUGGUCACAAACAUCGUUGAGACGAUAAUUUUCCCAGAGAGACGUUUACAUAUUAUCGUCAAUUAACGUAAUUAACUAUAACGCUCACGAUUUUCGAUACUCUUGGCUGUACUUCUUCUAGAAUUAGACGACAAAUGUCUGAAUUAUCGUUGACAUCGAUCACGCAAAAUUGUGAAAUGUUCACGAUAUUCACGCGCGUGAACUUCGGCGCGAACAUCCGUAUCAUCCGCCGUAUCAUCCGAUCGUUGUUAUCUAUAUCAAUUAUCUCUAAAUGUAAUGGCACGAUAUGUGUAUGUAUGUGUAUGUUACAUAUCUCGUGCUCUUCGCGCGUUAUCUAGUUAUAUCUCAGUUCUAGUUAAGCAAAAGUGAAACGAGAGUGAUUCAAGUGUCUGUACUGAGCACUAACUGAGGCGGAAGUAACUGAUUGACCUCCGAGCGCGAGCUGAGCUUUCUGGAAAAUCGGGAAAACUCGAGAGACUCGUACAUAAGCUAUCACAGAUAGAUUUUCGUUCUUCCGAUCUGAUGAAAAUUCAUUUUUCGCUCGCGACUUUUUAUUUU